AUAUUAGGGCAUACUUUAUUUAUAAUUAGACAUCAAACACGCAUCCGACGUGCCAUCUUCUCUUAUAAUAGUACCACUAGUUAUCAUUUCUUGCUAACAGAUAGUUUAUAAAAGACUUAAAAUAAUGCGUGAGAUAGUUCAUCUUCAGGCUGGGCAAUGCGGUAAUCAAAUAGGAUCGAAGUUCUGGGAGAUAAUAUCAGAUGAGCAUGGGAUCGAUCAAACUGGCCACUACAAAGGUGACAGCGAUCUGCAACUGGAAAGAAUUCAGGUUUAUUACAAUCAAGCGGCAGAUGGUAACCGCUAUGUCCCGCGCGCGGUCCUGGUUGACCUGGAACCGGGGACAAUGGACGCCAUCCGUUCCUCCAGCUACGGCCAGCUGUUCCGACCUGAUAACUACGUGUUCGGACAAAGUGGAGCUGGCAACAACUGGGCUAAGGGUCACUACACAGAAGGCGCGGAGUUGGUUGAAGCCGUCAUGGACGUCGUGAGGAAAGAGGCUGAACCCUGUGACUGUUUGCAAGGGUUCCAGCUGACGCACUCUCUGGGCGGUGGCACGGGCUCCGGGCUAGGGACUCUGCUCCUCGGCAAGUUACGCGAGGAGUACCCUGACCGCAUCGUCAAUACAUUCAGUGUUAUGCCCUCACCUAAGGUGUCAGACACUGUAGUAGAGCCCUACAACGCUACUUUGUCAGUUCAUCAACUUGUAGAGAACACAGACGAGACCUUCUGUAUAGACAACGAAGCUCUCUACGACAUCUGCUUCCGUACGCUUCGCCUCGCCAGCCCUACAUAUGGAGACCUCAAUCAUCUUGUCUCUCUAACGAUGUCAGGAGUGACCACAUGUUUGCGGUUCCCCGGCCAGCUGAAUGCAGACCUUCGCAAGCUGGCUGUCAACAUGGUGCCAUUUCCUAGACUCCAUUUCUUUAUGCCAGGUUUCGCGCCGCUGACGGCUCGCAACAGUCAAGGCUACAGAGCUUUAACAGUGCCAGAGUUGACUCAGCAGAUGUUCAGUCCAGUAAACAUGAUGGCGGCGUGCGACCCGCGGCACGGGCGCUACCUCACAGUGGCGGCCAUCUUCCGCGGACACAUGUCUAUGAAGGAGGUCGACGAGCAGAUGCUCACAGUACAGGACAAGAACUCUAGUUACUUUGUGGAAUGGAUCCCCAACAAUGUAAAGGUGGCUGUAUGCGACGUUCCGCCGCGAGGGCUCAAAAUGGCCGCCACCUUCGUUGGCAAUUCCACCGCAAUACAAGAAAUAUUCAAACGAAUCUCAGAACAGUUCACGCUCAUGUUCAGGAGAAAGGCGUUCCUGCAUUGGUACACGGGUGAAGGUAUGGACGAACUGGAAUUUACUGAAGCUGAGAGCAAUAUGAAUGAUCUAAUCGCAGAAUAUCAGCAGUAUGAGGAAGUAGGUGUAGAAGAAGGGGAGUUUGAUGACCAAGAAGAAAUACCCGGAGAUGAUUAUCCUGAAGAAUAA